AUGAGGAUCACCACUUGGAACGUCAGGGGCCUUUUAGCCCCUGAUAAACAACGCUUGGUUAAACGAGUGUUGCAGAGAGCAGAUAGUGAUAUUGUUUUAUUCCAGGAAACUAAAUUAUGUAUGGACAAAGCUCUUAGUUUUCUCCAUUCUUGCAAUUCAUGGGAAGGUUUUUUUCAAGAAGCCAGAGGCACUGCCAGGGGAUUGGGAAUCCUCUGGAUCCCUCAGAAGAUAAAGGUGACGAAGUUGGAUAAAUCUGAACAUUCGACAUUUGGAGUGGUUCAUAGUUUGAUGGAUAAUGUGGUUUUUCCCUUAAUCAAUGUCUGUGGUCUGAUAAAGACUAAGGAGAAAGUAAAGGUGUGGAAGGACAUUUCUGACAAGAUUGACUCCACUUACAAAGAUAGAGUCAUUGUAGCAGGGGACUUUAAUGCAUUGCUUGAUCUAGAAGAGAAGAAAGGGGGUUUGCUCAUGUACAACAAGGAAGCCAAUAAGAUUUACAAAGGGAGUUUUAGGUUCCAAAGUAUGUGGUGGAGAGAUAAGGAUUUUCUACCAAAUGUGGAAGCAUGGUGGAUAGAAAGUGAUAUUUUUUCAGAAACCCCAAGCUUCUGCUUUGUUAAAAGGCUCAAGAUGGUUAAGCAGAAAAUUAGAGAGUGGAACAAGGUUUCGUUCAAGAAUAUUUUUGCAAAAAAGAUUAGAGUGGAAUCUGAGUUAGAUAAUUUGAACAAAAUUAUCAUCUCAGCAGGAAUGUCCAAUGAUGAGUUUGUCAGAGAAAAACAGCUAAAAAGUGAACUUUCGAAACUUUUGCUCAGAGAGGAAAUUUUCUGGCGGGAUAAAUCAAGGGAGCGUUGGAUCAAUGAAGGAGAUUUGAACACAAAAAUUUUCCAUGCUUAUAUCAAGCCCAAUAGAGCCAACAAUCGGAUUGCCCAUAUUCAAGAUGGUGUCGGAGUCUAG